AUGUCCAGCAUCAAGCUGCUCGCACCGCCGACCAAUAAGGGCAUCAAGACCCUCGAGAAGCUGCUCUUCAAGAGGUCGAUCGAGCUGGCAGCUCUACGAGUCGACGUGGCCACCUGUCCCAAGGUUCUGCCGGCGCUGGAAGGGAGCCUGCUCAACAUCCCCAAGCUCCGGCAUCUGAUCGAGGAUCCACAGGAUUUGGACUGGCGGGAUGCUUUGGUUUGUACUGACGCUGUGGUAUCUCUGCCAGACAUUGACAGCCUGCCCGACAAUGUCAAGCAAUUCGCACUCUCCGAGAAGGCCGAGCUCGUCACACACUCGGUCGAACUGGAUUACGACUACUGGUCUGCAGACCAGAUCCUGCGAUCGAUUCUGCCGGACGACUUGGAAGUACCCUCUGCCUUUGAGAUGGUCGGCCACAUCGCCCACCUGAAUCUUCGAGAACAGCACAUGCCCUACAAAAACAUCAUUGGACAAGUCAUCAUUGACAAACACAAGUACAUCAAAACCGUCGUCAACAAGCUGGACAGCAUCGACCACACCUUCAGAUUCUUCAAAAUGGAGGUUCUGGCUGGAGAGGACAAUUUUGUGACGGAGAUGAAAGAAGGGGGAUGCCGCUUCCAAUUUGACUAUUCCAAGGUUUACUGGAACUCUCGUCUGCAGGGCGAGCACGAGCGCUUGGUCAAGUCGUUCGGCUCGAGCGAUCUGAUCUGCGACGUCAUGGCGGGCGUGGGCCCGUUCGCCGUUCCGGCGGCCAAGACGCGCGGUGCGGUCGUCUUUGCAAACGAUCUGAACCCGGACUCUUACUCAUCGCUUGUUGGAAACGUUGGUCUCAACCGCGUUGGCCAUCUGGUCCGUCCUUACAACAUGGACGGACGGGCUUUCAUCCGCCAAUCGCUGACGUAUCUCAACGACCCGGCCGUUUGGGAGGAGUUCCGCAAGAACGUCCAGGUUAAGCGGCCGGCCCGACACCCCAAAAUUCCGCCAACCGAAGCCGAGCGAGAGGCCGAGCGACUCGCCGAGGUCCAAAAGACAAAACAGCUUCACCCGCCCGAGGGCUUCAAGAUCUUUCACCACUAUGUCAUGAAUCUCCCGGCCACCGCGAUCGAGUUCUUGGAUGCAUUCCGCGGGCUACUCCAUGGAAAGGAAAAUAUCGUCCCGGACGACAAACUUCCUAUCGUUCACGUCCACUGCUUUUCCAAGGCCGAGGAUCUGGACGCCGAUGUGAUUGAGAGGGCCGAGCAUUAUCUGGGAGCUUCCAUCAAGGGCUGCGUCGUGAACAUCCACCGGGUCCGCGAUGUGGCGCCCAAGAAAGAGAUGCUCUGUCUCAGCUUCCGUAUCCCGCCUGCGGUGGCAUAUGCCGACCCUGCAGGCGAAAGCCGUCCUGAGGAAGCAAGGUGA